UUCCUCUUUGAUUUAUGGAGGUAAUUACUCUAUCAAUGAAUAUGUUUAGGUUUUCACGGCUGAUUACCUGGGAAAAUGCUGUCUAUAAGAGAGUCAUCAUGAAACAUUAAGAUCAGAGCAAAGACUCGCCUCAUUGAGAAAGGAACUAACUAUCCCAAACUCCUAGAUCCAAUUCAUUUGGUGACAUUAAUGUGCAUAUUAUAGCCUGCUUGUAUCUGAUAAUCCACAAGAAUAGCAAUCAGAGACUCUUGUUUUUGUGAAAUUAUCCUAAUUGUUGACAAGCAGAUUUGUGAUUUUGUCGAAUUUUUAUUACAAACACCGAAAUUUCAUCAUGCAAGGAUCGCUGCCUUCAUCCCCCAACCAGAGCCUGAGUGAUUCCUCGGGAACGGAGGAAAAUUUGAAGAACAUGUCGGACGACAGUACAAAGCUGGAGAAGUCAUUAGAAAAUUUCCCGGAAUCUCCCCGCUCCGAGUGCUCCGAUUCCAGCUCCGGGGUAGACACACCUGACAAACGCUUCUCAGGAAAAUGGAAAGAGAGCGCACAAGAAAGGGAUAUUCGCCGAUACAGGACAGCUUUCUCCAAAGAGCAGCUCAACAGAUUAGAAAAGGAAUUCCUGAAGGAGAAUUACGUCUCGCGCCCAAAGAGAUGCGAACUUGCUGCUCAGCUCAACCUUUCUGAAAGCACAAUAAAGGUCUGGUUCCAAAACCGCCGUAUGAAGGACAAACGUCAAAGAAUGGCCUUGACCUGGCCCUAUGGAAUCCCCCCCGAUCCCCAGCUGUACGCUUAUCUUGCCGCUGCCGCUGCCUCCUACCCUUACGGAGUUCCUAGUGCUACUUCUCUCCCCUACCCAUCGCUGGGGCUUCACGGACUUCCGUCCUCCGCUGGUUCAGCAUUUACUCCACUCUCAGUCCCCAGUCCUUUACCAUCUCGUCUCGAUAUGCUGAACUCCCUUGCACACAGCAGUAGUCCACUUCACCGUCUACCAGGCUUAGAUGCUCUCCCUCAGAUCUCAUCUCCACCCACGGGACUCCACAUGCCACCCAGGAUGCACUUUCCAUGGAUGGAACACAACCCUGCUGUUUGUGGAGCAUCUUCUGGAAAACCCUGCACCUGCACCCCUCCCGUAUCUCUCGGACUGUCCACCUCCUCCAUUUCCUCGCCAAUGUCGGGUCUCUUUCCACCUCCACCAUUUACGUCAUCUCCACUUCGCACCUCUCCACUGAGCUCGGCGCAACACCCUCUUCUACAGAAGGCUGACCUAGAAAGGUCAUGAGGUCACAUGAACUGAUACACAUUUUAUAGUUUGAAUGUCGGGUGCGUGAGAGAAUGAGAAACUAAAUAACGAAUAAAUGGUCUAUAAAUGAUAAGAAUGAAAGAGAGCAAUUUGAAUACUCAUGAUUAAUGUACGUUUUAUAUUGCCAAUGAUCUUUUAGCAAAUCCAUGUAAAUAUAACCUUACCUUUUAUAGGCAGUCCUCGGUGUCGCCUUGUUGCAGCAGACACAAAAUAGAAUUUGUCACGUGAUCCUUUGUUGUAUUUAUAUAUUUGAAAUGUUGUUGA